AUGGCCCAUCAAGCACACGCAUACCACAUAGUUGACCCAAGCCCAUGACCCCUUACAGGUGCUGUUGCAGCUCUGCUACUAACUUCAGGGACAGCCAUUUGAAUACAUUUCCAUUCAACAACCUUAAUAACACUAGGACUGGCCCUUCUCCUCCUGACAAUGUACCAAUGAUGACGAGAUAUCGUCCGUGAAGGAACUUUCCAAGGCCACCACACCCCCCCAGUACAAAAAGGCCUCCGAUACGGUAUGAUCCUGUUUAUUACCUCAGAAGUCUUCUUCUUUAUUGGAUUUUUCUGAGCCUUCUAUCACUCAAGCCUCGCUCCCACCCCUGAGUUAGGAGGCUGCUGACCCCCCACAGGUAUUACAGCUUUAGACCCUUUUGAGGUACCCCUACUAAACACAGCAGUUCUUCUUGCAUCCGGCGUAACAGUAACAUGAGCACAUCACAGCAUCAUAGAGGGCAAUCGGAAGCAAGCCAUCCAGUCCCUACUUCUAACUAUCCUCCUCGGAUUCUACUUCACAGCCCUCCAAGGACUAGAAUACUACGAAGCCCCAUUUACUAUUGCAGAUGGGGUCUACGGAUCGACCUUCUUUGUUGCCACAGGAUUUCACGGCCUCCAUGUAAUUAUCGGAUCCACCUUCUUGGCCGUUUGCCUUCUGCGCCAAAUUCAAUACCACUUCACAUCCGAACACCAUUUCGGAUUUGAGGCUGCUGCCUGAUACUGACAUUUUGUUGACGUAGUAUGGCUCUUCCUCUAUAUCUCCAUCUACUGAUGAGGCUCAUA